CUGUGGUCCUAUCAGUGUUUUUAUUAUCUAUAUGCACCGCGCUGAGGAUCUCGUAUUCGGAAUUCCCAUAUGCAAUAUGAACUAUACAGCAGCUACGGUCCUUACUUCCAUUGUAAGAAGAAUAAUUUACAAAAUAUAUGACUAAUAAUACAUUUUAGCAGUCAAUCUUUCUUCACUUGCUAGCAGUGAUGUUGCUCACUUCGGAUUCGAAACUCGUUGCCUAAGUUUUUUUUUUAUUUUAAACUAAUAAAUGUAAAAAAAAUAUGAGUGACGGUAAGCAGACUCUUGCAAAGAAAGUAAAAUUACACUAUGACACACAAUCAAGUGAUUCAAGUCAAGAAGUAAAUGAUAUGAAAAAGAAACGUCAACAAAGAUACAGAGAGCACAACAGAGAAAAACUAAAGAAGCGUGAAACGGAAAGGAAGCAAUGUCAACAAAAUUCAGAAAUUAUUGCAGAAUUAUGUUCCUCUUCAAACAUUAAUGGAGUGGAAUCAAAUAAUAAAGAUAUAACAGAUGCUAACUCUAAAAGUUUAUCUGGUUUGGAAGGAACACAAACAUCAUUUGUUCAAAAAUAUGAGCAAGCAGCAAAAAAGAAUGCUAUUCAAAAAAAAAAAGAACGCCAAGAAAGAUACAGGAAACAAAACAGAGAAAAACUGAAGAAGCGUGAAGCAGAAAGGAGGCAACGUCAACAAAAUUCAGAAAUUAUUACAGAAUUAUCUACCUCUUCAAACAUAAAUAGAAUAGAAUCAAAUAAUAAAAAAAUAACAGAUCGUAAUUCUCAAAGUUCAUCUAGUUUGGAAGGAACACAAACAUCAUCUGUCCAAGAAAAUGAGCGAGCAGCAAAAAAGAAUGCUAUUCAAAAAAAAAAAGAACGCCAAGAAAGAUACAGGAAGCAGAACAGAGAAAAACUGAAGCAGCGUGAAGCGGAAAGAAGGAAAAUUAUUGCAGAAUCAUCUACCUCUUCUAACAUAGACUAUAAUAUAGCAUUAAUUUGUGAAGCAAUAAUAGAUGAUUAAAUAAGUACACAUUUUCGAAGUGUUUAGUAGUGUUGCUGGUUUGAAAGACACACAGAAUCUAUAUGUUGAAAUAACUGAGCGAAAUGAAAGAGGUCAAGCAAUUGCAAUUGAAGCACUAAUUUUGAAUAACUAAAACAUGCUUGUUCAAUUUGCAAUCGACUUUAGGAGUU